AUGCCUCCCACAAAACCAGCCAGUUUCAAUGGCAUACAUCAUCUCAAGCUCCCGGCAACUGACAUACGCAAAACCGAAGCGUUCUACACUCGAAUCUUCCCCUUUGAAUCUUGUCCCAAUCUAGACCACUACACUCGCGACGGUAAACUGUUCGCCGUGCUCCUGACAUACAAGUUGGCCGGCCUGAUGCUCGAAAUUCGCUACAACCCAGAACAGGCUAAGAUCCAACAAGGCUGGGACCCGGUGACAUGGAGUGUCGAUUCACGGAAGGAUCUGGAGGAAUGGGGUGUUUGGUUUGAUGCGAAUGGGGUCAGUCAUUCCAAGGUCCUUAAAGGGAUGAAGGGGUGGGUUAUGGCUGCUGAGGAUCCGGAUGGGAAGAUUGUGCGGCUCUAUACGACGGAGGAGCACGAAUGGACGACCGACGUUGACAGGGACGAGUACUGGUUGAAGUAG